CUGAAGUGAUUCACUUCCUCUGACCUGUUUCCUGUAGUGGGCUUGUGUGGACCUUAGUGUGUGUUUAUAUCUCACUGGAGAAUAAUUCAUUAUCGGAGGGGAUUUUUUAACAAGCUUGCGCACCGCCCACCGCGGUCACGUGACGUGGACUCACCUGGCAACGGGGGAAGCGUCGCCGCGGAGACGUGAAUGAACUUCUGAAGUUCACGCGAGUAGCAAUGAGUUUUUAUGAGCUUCAUCAAACCCAGUAAAGAAUAAAAACAAGCACAACUUUUCUGUUUAUAUACAGUUAUAUACGGUGUGUGUACAGGUGUGUGUACAGGUGUGACAUGCGGGAGGCAUCGUGAGUGUGCUCUCCAGCAGCAUGGGGAAACUGCAGAGUAAACUGCGGCGUCGCUCUGACCUCUACAGAGCCAGAGAGGAGGCGGUGUCUACACCUGCCGCCCAGGUGGUGCAGUAUGAGCCUGCCCAUUCUGAUGCCGUCAACUGUGUGACCCCGUUGACUUCUGACCUGUGUGUGUCGGGUGGGAGUGAUCAGGUGGUUGUGGUGUAUGACUGGAGAGCAGGAAAAGUGUGCAGAUGUUUUCAUGGCCACAGCAAGGAGAUCACCAAGCUGGGUUGUUUUGCAGGCAGUACAUGGAUCUUCAGCGCAUCACGUGAUAAAUCAGUGUUGAUGUGGGAUUUUACUGGUGGCCCUAACCCCAUCCAGUCAUUCUGUGGACAUGAGCUCGUCGUCAAUGGAGUCGCUGUCAGCCCAGACGGGUCCAAGCUGUGUACUGGCUCUCGUGAUAACUCUAUGUGUCUGUGGGAUGUUGAGAGUGGGAAGUGUUUACACAGAAACACCAUCUCACGCAACCUGGUAACUCAUCUGUGCUGGGUUCCUGGAGGAACAUCAAUAGUCCAAACCUCAGAAGAUAAAACCAUCAGAGUGUGGGAUAGUCGGACAUGGCAGGUGACAAACACAUUUCCAGCUAAGCAGUACAUCCAGACUCACUGUGACGUGAGUGUGAACCACUACCACCUGCUGUCCAGCAGCAACGGCUUUGGGGGUCACGGCUGUGAGGCUACGCUGUGGGACCUAAGACAACCAGGCUGUAAGGUGGUUGAAUACAGAGGACAUGUUCAGACGACGGCGUGCUGUGUGUUUCUCCCCCCGAGCAUUGGCUCUCCUGCGCUCAUCGCCUCUUCAUCACACGACAGCUCAGUUAAGAUCUGGGACCAGAAUACAGCCGCAUGUUUGUUCACUCUGUAUCUAGACGGCUCAGGGCCGUUGUCGUCGUUAGCGCCGUGCGACUCCAACACUCUCCUGUGUGCUAGCUACAACUCAGGCCUCCACCAGCUGCAGCUGUCACAGGGGACGAGCCCUAGCAUCAGGGAGGUGGCACGCUUCUGACCAGCACUAACGCCAACUUCCUGUUUGGAGCAGGAGAGGAUUUCUUAAUUAGGGAAACACUGCCAUCUAUCACAGAUCACUGAGACCUUAUCACCCAGUGGUCCUUCCAGAAGCUCCGGCCACUGUCCGUGCUGUAGGUGUGCAGUUACUCUCUAUCUGUUGCACUACACAAAGUAUUGGCAUCCACUUUAUCCUGUCUGUCUUAAACACACCAAAGAAACAAGCACCAAGCCAUGAUGUUUGCUCUCUUUUUUCAAACAAAUUAUGCAAAGAAACUGCCAAUAUGGCACUGUCAUGGCACAACACAGGAUCUCUACUGCGUUCAUUGAUAAGGAGAAUGCUUUGGUUUUUCCUUUCUCCAUUUCUGCUUUGCAUUUACUAACCACUAAUGAACAUAAGAACACUGUACCCAAACCGGAAGGGCAUUCACACACGCGCACACGCACACACACACACACACACACACACACACACACACACACACACACACACACACACACACACACACACACACACACACACAGUGAGGCAGCAAACUCAUUGGAAGAUGUGUACAGGUAUGUCCCAUUUGGUUCAAAACAAACAAUGCAAAUGUAGCUUCACGUAUAAAAACCCAUUUGACUCUGAAUCGACUUAAAUCGACUCAGUGCAGGAAGUGAAUCAAUCAGGGUUUUUUUUGUAGAUUUCUUGCGAUCUGCUAAACUGAGUUGUUCUGCUGGAGAUCUGGAAAGACAAACACCACGUUUUAAACGUUUUAAACUACUUAUUAUUUAUACACACAUUAAAAUCAGCAAUCUGAUCAGCCAAUCGGCAGGCAGCAGAGCAUCAAGUCAUGCAGAUGAUUCAUUCAUUCAUUGUAAAUUCAAUUCAUGUUCACAUCAGAAUGGGGAAGAGCAACGUGAUCUCAGCGAUCUCUCAGUGAUCUCUCUGUGGUUUCUUAGUGAUCUCUCAGUGGCUCUUAAUGUUUGAGUUUGUGAUUUUCAGAAACUGCUGAUCUGAGAUUUUCACACACAGUAGUCUCAACACAUCAAUAAGAAACAUCAAGUGAUCAGCUGUACAGAAACAAGUUGAAGAUUAAGACAAAGGACUCUGAAGGUUAAAUUGUUCUGUUCCGGUGACUGACCGGACUUUUAGGAUCAUUCUCAUCUACAGACUCUCACUGCUGCUUCAUGAAACAGUUUCUACAGUAUAUUUGACUACUCUGUGUGUUUCCUGGUGCAUGUUAUUCCUGUAUGCAAAACCCACCACACACUGUGAACUCCAGAGUACUAAUGCAGGAACUGAGAGAGAGAGAGAGAGAGAGACAGAGAGAGAGAGAAACAGUUUAGACAGACAUCUAGAGAGAAGGAGAAAGGGUUCAGGAAGCCUUCAACUGCAGAGCCACAAUGAUGGAGGGUCUGUACGGAGAGAGUGGGAGGUCCAGACCAGCAGCAUUUUGGCAGCUGCACCACUGACUCAUCAGAUUUCUGUCUACCUCACCCUCACAGUUCUUCCUCAUCCAGGCAUGGAGCACUCUCCUUACGCAGCAGACGGCCCCGGCGUGCCCACGGAGCCUGAUGUCUCUAUAGUUCAAGGAUACAGUCCUGAUGACUUGCCAGAGCUGGAGUGUGCCGUGUGCUUCAGUCAGUUCAACAACGUCUUCAACACGCCCAAGGUGCUGCAGUGCGGCCACACAUUCUGCCUGGAGUGCCUGGCACGCAUAAACAUUAAAUCCUCACAGCCCGAGAGCUUGCAGUGUCCUCUAUGCAGAGCCUACACCCCACUGCCUAACUUCGGCCUGCCCAAACUGGACACGGACGUAGUGGUGCUGUCCUGCCUGCCAGAAGCCAUGCAGCACGUUUACAGCAUUCGCUUCAAUCGCAACAGAGGUAAGCUUCAGGUCAAGCGCAUUCCCAGCUCCAUACCAGCAUCGCAGAGUAACCAGCGCCGCAGCCUGGACCUCGGAGGGCCUGUCAGCACAGACUGUGAGCAAGACUCACGCCGAGGCAUCUGUCCCUUCUUCAGCCGCCUCCUACGGAUUCCCACAUGCAGGGCGUUCUUCAUGAUAGCCGGCAUGCUCGUCAUGGUCUCACUUGCCAUUGGCAUCAGCAUCUUCUUGUCAAAACGUCAGUGACAUCUUUAGUCAGAUUUAAAUACCUCCUCCAUCCACUAAAGCUCACGAGGGAGAAACAGGAAGCACUAAGGAACAGGAAACAAACCCAGUCUGAAUAUACGGAGUAGGGACUGGACAUCAUCCUCCCUCUAAAGACUUUCAAUGAUCAGUGAACUGUCUCUGAUAUAAUUCUGUAUGUCCAUGCAAUUCCUCUGAACCUGGAGCUCAGAGAGGCACAAGCUCAAAAGGCUUAAAUGAUAUCCACUACAGCCAGUAGCGUUGCACAUAUACCACACCUCACACAUGGACAUGUCCUCAGGUCAGUAACAGGCCUCAGAUCAGUAUCAUGGACAUGGCUAACCAUUUAACCUCUUACCUGUAGCACUGAAGUAAUCAGCAUCCCACAGGAGAGAGAUUUAACGUCAGGCUGGAAAAUACAACUGUGUCAAUUGUCUCUCUUUCUCUCUAUCUUACACACACACACCCACACACACAUACACAUUUUAAAUGUUGUGAUUUUCGCAUAGACAAACUAUGCUUUAAUUUGAAUGUGGCAUAAACACACACACACACACACACACACACACACACACACACACACACACACACACACACAGCACCAGAUUAGCACCAGAAUAUCAUGCAGGAUGUUUCUGAGCUACAGCUCCACCAUUGAGCCAUGCGUGAUUUAUAGAUGUAAAUAGUGGUUUAAACUUGACUCCUGUGAUCGAUAAAAACUAUUUCUCUACUAUUAAGCAAGCAAGACUCUCCACACAUUCACUAAGAUCUGAAAUAUGGCAGCGACGUGUUUAGAAAAAUGUAUAUGACUGUAUAUCUCUUAUUCUUGUCAUUACUUGAUCUCCUCAGAUAUUUGCACUAUUAGCCGCAAAGCAGCUUAAUUGUAAACAUGACUUUAUCAGUCUCAAUAAAGACAGAGAAAACACCCUC